CACGGCCGAUGGGUCCCUGCUUCUCUGGGUAUUACUGUGUAGGAGGAGCCACCGAGGCUAAGCCAACAGAUGGAGAAACAGGCAGCAUCUGUCCACCUGGGGCAUACUGCGUUGAGGGCUCGGGGGAGCCGGAUUUGUGUCCAAGUGGUACUUUUUCCUCAGUGCCAGGUCUAAGCAGUCGGGCCGGCUGUCAGAAAUGCACUGCUGGUUUCUACUGCAAAGGAGCAGGUCUCAAGGCUCCGACUGGACCCUGCAGCCAAGGUUUUUGGUGCCCACCAGGUCAGAGUGUGGCUACGGCUCUGCCGUGUCCUUCAAGCCACUUCUGCUCACAGGGAAGUGCGGCUCCCGUGCCGUGCCCAUCAGGAACCUACCAGGACAGAGAACAACAGUCGGCCUGUGCUGUCUGUGAAGCGGGUUACUACUGCGAUUUGAGACUUUCCAAUGUCUCUAUUCUGAGGCCUUGCCCUAAAGGACACUACUGCCCUGCAGGUACAGCCCGGCCCAACCUCUGCCCCAUAGGCUCCUUCAACCCGAGAGAGCGCACGCACAGUAUUGCAGGCUGUACGCCAUGUGCUGCUGGACACUACUGUCCUUUUGUAGGACUUUCAGAGCCGGCAGGAUCUUGUAAUGCUGGUUAUUGGUGCAGAGGAGGUGCAUCCUCUCCCAGCCCUCUGGAUGGAGUCUCAGGUUCCUUGUGUUCGCCUGGUCAAUACUGCCCCACAGGCACCACAGCACCAAUGGCCUGCCCUCAAGGAAGCUGGUCUAACACCUCAGGUCUGCGUAACCGGGAGGACUGCGCACCCUGUUUAGGGGGAUUUUACUGCAACUCUGUGGGCCUCACCAAACCCAGUGGACCGUGCGUUGCGGGGUACACCAUGCUCUGGAACAAAUGUUCCCGUGCCAACGUUGUUGUUUGCAACUUCCCUGUGUUCCUUCCUUCCUUCCUUCCUUCCUUUUGAUCCUGUCACGGAGUUUCCGUGCUCUCAUGUGUGUCAUGCAGAUAUUACUGCGUAGAGGGAGCCGUUACAUCCGCCCCUACUGAUGGAGUCACCGGCGGACCUUGUCCUGAGGGAUACUACUGCCCAGAGGGAACCGUUCUACCUGUGCCCUGUGAUCCAGGGACAUAUGUUGCGGUCACGCACGCUACUCAGUGCGAGCCCUGUGUGCCAGGCUGGUACUGUGUGUCCGGCUCUCUCUCUUUGUGUCCUUCAGGCUUUUAUUGCCCCGAAAGGACUGGAUUCGACUUGAGAGGCUGUCCAGAGGGAACCUACGGCCCGGAUCCUGGCUACUGGUCUGUUUCUCAGUGCAGGCAGUGUGACGGCGGCCAUUACUGCUCUUCCAGAAAUGGCACAGCUGUCACUGGACAAUGUCAGGAAGGAUAUUACUGCUCACACGGAAACACUUCUCCCCAACCUCGGUCCCAGGCUGGCGAAAAGGGAGGACCAUGUCCUGCCGGUCAUUACUGCCCCCAGGCCACCGUCCAUCCUCAGCCCUGUCCACGUGGAACAUUCUCUAACCUCACCAAAUUGGUCUUGCAGGAGGAUUGCCAGCCAUGUCUCCUCGGUUACUAUUGCGAUGCUGUCGGGCUCACAGGGCCUUCAGGAAAAUGCUGGGAAGGUUACUACUGUCUGGGAGGGGCAGAUCGCCCUGACCCUCCUUUGGGUGAUAAGCAUGGAGGACCAUGCCCAAAAGGUUAUUUCUGUCCCGAGGGCUCUGCGGCUCCUCGCCACUGCCCCUUGGGGACCAUCGGUACGGAGGAUGGUAGAGCCAG